GACAGUCGGUAAACUACUUUACCCAUGAUCCCCGGCGCACCAGCCUAGCGCAUGCGCGCUGCCGCUUGCGGAACGGGCCGGUGCAUCAUGGCGACCUACGUGGAGAUCCUGAAGAGCGAGUUUGCCGAAAUGGACACAGAAGUGUUUGAAUACAUCACAGGUGUUCUUGACAGUGGCGGGCCAGAUUUUGAGGAUGGAGAAGAAGUCUUUGAAGCCAUCGGCGGAGUCUUACAAGAAGUGUCAGCCGACAGUAAAAACGAGGAAGACAUUCGAGACAUCUGUCUCCAGAUGUUUAACACGCUUCAAGUGAAUAACUGUCACAGCUCACACAAGCAGGUUCUGUUGGACGCACCGGUGCAGCUGUCCCAGAUCUCAGCUGAAUGUGGGCCUGCUGCCAAUGAUGUCCAAGGUAUCUGGAUGAUGAAACGUUCUCAGAACACGACUGUUGAUGUGAAGAAGUUGGAGAAGGCAGAGGCAAAGCUGAAAGCCAAACAUGACAGAAGGAAUGAAAAGGACUCACAGAAAACCGCCAGUCCUCUGGUGCUGGAGGAGGCGUCAGCCAGCCAGGCCAGCAGUAAGAAGGACAGCAGAGUUGACCAAUCGGGGAAGAGCCGCAGCUAUGACAUCCGGAUUGAGAACUUUGAUGUUUCCUUUGGAGAGAGGUCACUCCUACAGGGGGCAGAGCUAUCCCUGGCCUCGGGGCGACGCUACGGUCUGAUUGGUCGGAACGGGCUAGGUAAGACCACCCUGUUGAAAAUGUUGGCCAGUCGCAGCCUGCGUGUUCCCGCCCACAUCUCCAUCCUGCAUGUGGAGCAGGAGGUUGCCGGAGAUGACACGAGGGCCCUGCAGAGCGUUUUGGAGAGCGACACAAUGAGGGAGGGGCUCCUGAACGAAGAACGCCAACUGAACGCACGCAUUGCCAACGGAACUGCUGACGGCUUGGAAAGCAUCCGUCUGUCUGAGAUUUACACCAAGCUGGAGGAGAUCGAGGCAGACAAGGCUCCUGCCAGAGCUUCUGUUAUCCUGGCUGGACUUGGAUUCUCUCCCAAAAUGCAACAGCAGACCACCAAGGAGUUUUCUGGUGGUUGGAGGAUGAGGUUGGCGUUGGCCAGAGCUCUGUUUGCCCGGCCUGAUCUCUUGUUACUUGACGAGCCCACUAAUAUGUUGGAUGUCAGAGCCAUCUUAUGGUUGGAAAACUACCUUCAGACAUGGCAGUCCACCAUCUUGGUUGUCUCCCAUGACCGCAACUUCUUGAAUGCCGUAGUGACGGACAUCGUCCACCUGCACUCCCAGAGACUGGAGAGUUACCGUGGCAACUACGAGAACUUUGUCAAGACCAAAGAAGACAGACUGAAGAACCAACAGAGAGAAUACGAAGCUCAAUUGCAAUACAGAGAACACAUCCAGGUGUUCAUCGACAGGUUUAGGUAUAAUGCCAACAGAGCUGCUCAAGUCCAGAGUAAACUCAAACUACUGGAGAAACUGCCUGAACUGAAACCUAUCGAGAAGGAAACAGAGGUCACUUUAAGGUUUCCAGACAACUUUGAGAAGCUGUCCCCGCCCAUCCUGCAGCUGGACGAGGUGGAGUUCUACUAUUCUGCUGACCAACGCCUCUUCUCUGGCCUCAACGUGUCAGCCGACCUCGAAUCACGCAUCUGCAUUGUGGGGGAAAACGGGGCAGGGAAAACCACCAUGCUCAAACUGCUAAUGGGCGAGCUAACGCCAGUCAGCGGUGUCAGACACGCCCACAGGAACCUGAAGAUCGGCUACUUCAGUCAGCAUCACGUUGAUCAGCUGGACCUCAACGUCUGCUCAGUAGAGCUGCUGUUAAACAAAUUCCCAGGUCGGACGGAGGAGGAGUAUCGUCACCAGCUGGGAGGUUAUGGCAUUACAGGGGAGCUGUCCACACGGCCGGUGGCCAGUCUGUCAGGAGGACAGAAGAGCAGGGUGGCCUUCGCCCAGAUGACGAUGCCAUGCCCAAAUUUUUACGUUCUGGACGAGCCCACCAACCACCUGGACAUGGAGACUAUUGAAGCUCUGGCCAAAGCACUCAACAAGUUUAAAGGCGGGGUGGUUCUGGUCUCCCACGACGAGCGUCUGAUCCGGCUGGUGUGCAGGGAGCUGUGGGUGUGUGAGGGCGGGAAGGUCCGGAGGGUCGACGGAGGUUUUGACGAGUACCGUGACAUUCUGCAGGAACAGUUCCGUAAGGAGGGCUACCUGUGAAGCCGACAGACGAGACGGACGCCGCUGCAGCCAAUCAGAGAACUCCAUGCCAGUGACUGACACGCCAAGUUGCCAAUAGAUCCAUAACGUUACCCCCACCACCAUCCAAACUGCCAAAUCAGCCCCUCCUCUAGAGGGCAGUCUGCCUGCAUCGGUCCAUGAGCUGAUGUGUCUCCACACCUCUGGAUCUCCGUUCGUCCCAAAGAUCCUCGGGUCGUUUUUCCACAAGAAUUCAUUUAAAAUGACCAAACAGCUGCCUGUCCAUUAGUCCGUCUGUCUGUCUGUCUGUCUGUCUGUUGUUCUGUCUGUCUGUCUGCCGCAGGCAGGCAGGAGGGGCGUGAAACAGAUGACAGGAGGGUGUAAUGUCGGUUUACAGAGCUGCUGGAAGGAUGGUUGACUUGGUAAAACACAAACCUCAAUAUUUGUACACCAAAAGCAGAUACUAGACUCCAUGGUCCUGAACGGAACCGGUCUUGGAUGUGUAAAUGGGAAGAAACCAGAUUUUUUCCUGUUUAAUUAAAAAAGAAGCAGGCAUGGAACAGUCUCCCUUACCACUGGGUAAUCACUAGUUAGUGAGAGAGAGAGAGUGUGUGAGAGAGAGAGAGAGAGCGAGAGAGAUUUCCACCCAGGGGAAGGAUAGGACAAAAUUUCUGAAUAUAGAUAAUUGUUAAUGACAUUAUGAGAUCAUGUCAGGUCAUAUCUAACUUAUAACUUAAAGCAGUUUUAAUAACAUCCUACUAAUAAAAAGCU